AGUAUGUUUUGAAUUCGUUGACAAAUCGUGGUGACCGGUCUACGUAUCGCACAUAGGUUAGUAAUACUAAACAAAUAAACCCCUAAAAUAACAACAAACCCUUAAUAAACAAUCACACUCUCUCAAUAACAAUUAACAAUAAUAAAACAACAAAAAAAAAUAAAAGUAAAAUCACAACAAUAAAAACAAAAAAAAAAAAAAACAAUUCUAUCAACAAAAGUGUGAUUGCUGAAAAGCGUCAUCAAAUAUUUGUGUUAAAAAAAUAUAAAUAAACAAUAAGUGAUUUAUUUAAAGUGAUAAAAUAUCAACAACAACAAUGUCAACAUUAGUGUAAUAAUUGUGACAUGAUUAUUCUUUUGGAAUUUUAAUAUAUUUUUUUUUGUUUCAAACAAAUCAAGGUGGGAUAAUUUUUUAAUAAUAUUAUUUUCAAUUUGACAACAUCAUUUUUAUAAAUAUUUAAUAGUUGUUUUAUUUGUUUUUUUUUUUUUGCAAUAAAUAUGAGUAUAUUUUAGAGUUUUAAAUAGAGUACAUUAUAGAUGACACUUGGUAUUAUUGAGGUGACAUAAACCUCUUGUUUAUGAUGAUGAUAUUGUCAAAUUGUCAGUAUAAAAUAAUCAUCAAAUUGUGGUGAAGUAAUCACAAGUUGCGUCACAACAACCGGUGACGUAUAUUUAACGUUGUCUUUUCAAGUUCCUUCACACUUAUCAUAACUAUUUAUUACAUAAAAAAAAUUCAUUAUCAUAUAUUUAUCAUAACAACAACAACAACAACAACACAUUCAACAAAGCAAUUAAACAUCUAGGUUUCUUCUUUUUUUUUGACAUAAUAAAUUUAUCUCAUAUUUAUUUCUAUAAUUUUAUUUUUUUCUGCUGAGAGUUUAAGAGUAAGAUUGUGUCAAUGGGUUUGAUGAAUGGAGAGUGAAUGAGUAUGCCUGAAAGAGAGUAUUUAAGUGAGAGAGAAAAAAAUGUGUAUAAGUUUUUGAGUGAGCAUCAAGAGGAGCAACGAUGUGACAAAAAAAAAAACUGGAGCAAUGAUUCAAGAAGAAGAAAAAAAAAUAUAACAACAACAAGGAUGACAUGAUAUUUGACAGUUUAAAAUGUAAAUAAAUUAAUGACAUCAACAUCAUACGACGACAUCAUUAUCACCAAAAAAAAAUAACAGCAUAUUGAAAUCGUGAUGGGUUGUUUUGGGAGCAAAGAUAAACUCAGCAAGGAAGACAUGGACUUCCUUAAAUCACACACAAGAUACGAUGAAGCAACCAUCAAAGAAUGGUACAAAGGUUUCAAACAAGACUGUCCAAAUGGAAGGCUCACUCCUGCAAAAUUCGUUGACAUGUAUAAAAUGUUUUUCCCAUCUGGUAAUGCAGAAGAAUUUUGUGAUCAUGUUUUUCGAACAUUCGACAUGGAUAAAAAUGGCUACAUUGAUUUUAAGGAAUUUUUGUUGGCAAUUGAUGUAACGUCUAGUGGUACACCUGAGGAAAAACUUAAAUGGGCAUUCCGUAUGUAUGAUGUUGAUGGUAAUGGUGUUAUUGACAUCCAGGAAAUGACGAAAAUUGUACAGGCAAUAUAUGACAUGUUGGGUGCAUGUUCGAGCAAUAGACCAGCAGACAGUGCCGAAGAAAGAGCGAAAAAUAUAUUUGCUAAAAUGGAUGAAAACAAUGAUGGACAAUUAACACAAGAUGAAUUUUUAAAAGGAUGUCUGCAAGACGAAGAAUUAUCAAAAAUGCUUGCACCUUAAUUAAUUGCCAUCAAGCACUAAUAAUUAUUUAAUUAAUAUCUAAUACAAUAAAUAAUAAUAAUAACAAAAACAAUAUUAAAACGAAAAGAAAAACAAGUCACAAAAAUAAUAACAUUAUUAUUAAUCAUUCCAUUAAACAAAAACAGUCAGCAAAAAAAAAAAUGAAAAAGAUUUAAAAAGAUUGAAUCAUUGUUGAUAUAAUGAUCACGCAAUAAAAUCAUUUAAAUGGUAGAAUAAUUAUUUAGUAGUUAACCACAAGCAUGUAUGUAUGACAUGUAGAUUGUUAGUGGAUUAAAUGAGGAUCGAUUAUAUCGAGAGUUGAAUUAAUCGUGUGAUGGUUAGCCAACCGAAGUGACUCGAAGGUGUUGAUCAAGUAAUCUCUCGUGUCAGCUCAAAACUAGUGGUCACAUUGGAUCAGCCAAUUCAAAUUCGCUUAUCCUCAUACCACAUACAAUACAAAAUAUAUUUAUUACAAACUAUCUUGUAAUGUACCAUUUAAUUUAUCAACAGUAAUAUUGUUUUAUUAGUUUUUUUUUUUUUUUCAUCUUCAAAUUACAAAUUUCCCAUUUUUUUUUUAAUAUCAAUUAUUUAGGGGAUAGUUUAUCAUUAAAAAAAAUUUCAUUAUGAAAUAUAUAUUGUAGUUAUAAUCGUGAUUAAUUAUUAUAGCAUUUUAUUGUUAUUGUUUGGAAAGAUUUUUUUUUUUUUUAAUUAAUUUAUAGUAAAAAUUUUAAUGAAAUUGUUUUUUUUUUUUUAAAUUGAAAAUUUUUAUUAAUGAUGAUUUGUUUGGUUGGUUUUUUUUUUUAUUUUUAUUUAUUUUUUUUUUUUGGUGCUGAUAGUGAAGAAUUUUGUGGUGAUGAAUUCAUUCACGUCAUGAUUAUAAUAUUAAUGAUAUUUUAAAAGAAGCAAAAAAUAUGAAAAAAAAUUUUAAAUUUUUUAGACGUUUUUUUAAUAUUAUUUUUUGGAAUUUCAACUGACAAAUGUAUUUUAUCGAAAUCUAUAAAUCUUUCUUGUUUUUUGACUUGUUUUUAUAAAUAUUCAAUUUUUUUUUCGAAUGAAUUUUCGACAUUAUAAUUUAUAAAAUUAUUCGAGGUGCAGCUUUAGCUACAAAAAACACAAACCGCAUAAAAUAUUACUUGUACUUGGAAUAUUGUAUAAUAACAUCGUAUAUCAACAAAGUCAAUAUUUUUUGUUCUUUUUUGUAUUUAAAUUUAUAUUUUAUUUACAGUUUCAAUAUUUGUUAUUUCUCAGGGUAUUUAUUUUUAAUCAAAUAAUAACAAAAACAAUUUUAACAAAAAAAAAAAAAAAAACAGAAAAAAAAAUCCCUUGUAUGUUUUACAAUAUUUACAAAUGAAUUUCAAAUAAUUUUUAAAAUACUUUAACGAGUGUUCCAUCAUACAAUGAAGAAAAAAAAAAAAUAAUAAAUCAAUACCUUUAGAAAUAUUUUAUUUAAAAAAUUUUUCCAUCUAUAAAAUAACGAGGAUAAUAUUUCAAUUUUAAUCAAAUUUAAAAAAAAUUAAUUGACCAUAAAAAAACGUAAAUAAAAAAUUUUAAAAAUGUUAAUUAAAUUACAAAAUAAAUAUUCGUAGUAAUUAAAAAUUCUAUUUGUUUUUAAAAAUAUUAUUUUUUGCAUUAAUUAGUAUAUCAAUGAAAAAAAAAAUUAUAUAUUCACACAACAACGCGAUUAGUGCGUUUAUCUUUUUUCUAGACUUGCAUUUAAUUAUAGCAUUUAUGUGUUUAAUAAUGAACGAAGUAAAGUAUUGCAAUUAAGUAAUUCUAAUUGUGCUGCAAAUAAAAUAAUAAUAAUAAAUUAAUUAAAUAUAAACGUUUCGACUUGACGCCUUUUUAGCGAAUAGUCUUUCGACCAAUUGCAUGUUCUAACUAGGAUUUCUCAAAUAACUCGGUCAUCACGAAUUUGGCUCAUGUUCAAUAUUAUUUUAUUGUCAUUCAAAACUCGUAAUAUUAAAUUUUUAUUAUCAUCAUUUGUUUUAUUAAUAAUACCACUAUGUAAUUAAUCAAUUUGCAAAUAACUCGCUUCGAGUUUUUUAUUGUCAUUAUGUUGUUAAAUUUCAUGGAUAUUAUUUUAUUUUAUAUUGAGCACAAUUCAAUGAUCGAGAAUAGUCUUUAAGUAGAUGGGCACAUGUAGAUUUUAGGUACAUAUCAUUCUCGCGUCUAUUAAAAAAUUUGUCGGACAAAAAAAAAAACCAUUUUUACUCGAUGUAUAUUCACAACUUGAUAAAUCAUUUAUAAUUAAAAAAUAUAAAUCUACGAUAACCACGCUUAAUAUCGAGUCAAGUCAAUUUUUAACUAUUAAAAAAAACAAUUAAUUAUUUACGUAUGCUGUCUACAAGCAUUUUAAAUAAAUAAAUUAUUUAAAAUACAAAAAAAAAAAAAGAAAACUUUUAAAUGUCUCAACACCACGUGCAUCCGUAAUUAAUUUUAUAAAAAUGAGAAAAAUAAAAGCAUAAUAACAAUUGAUAAAAUCACAAUUUUGAUAAUACAAAAAAAAAAAAAAAACUAUUAUUUAAAAAUAAUAAUAAAGGAGGAUUUAUGAAAAUAUUAAAAUGAAAGUUUAAACAAUUAAAACAAUGAGUUAUAUUUCACACAAUAGAAAGUCAAGCAUUGACAAUCGAAAUAGUAAAAAAAAAUUUAAAUAUAAAAAAAAUUCAUCAUUAUUCUGACUAUGAGAUUGAAAAUAUAAAGUUUAAAAAUAAUUACAUAAAGAUAAAAUUGAGAUAGGUAUACAGGAAAUUGAUAAAUAUAAAAAUAAUAAAAUAUAUCCGACUGGAUUGAAGUAUUGAAAAUUGUUAAAAUAUAAAAUUCAAGUGGGAUUCUUCCGUUGAAAUAUAAUAAUAAUAACGAGGAUAAAUUGUAUCGAUUUGUGAGAAAUAAUAGAAAAAAAAAUAUUCGCUUGGAUUCUAGUUAAGUACAGGACAGUGAUAAAUUUAAAAUCAAUAAAAUUCGUUGGCCAAUGAAUCCGCUUAUUUCCUGAAUUUUCCGGAUAAACGUGUUGGAAUAUAUAUAACAGAUUUCACCGAAAAAAAAAAAAUUAAUAGAAAAGAAAAUUACAGCUUUGUGAGAUAAUAAAAAAAAAUUGAAAUAAUAUUUUUAAAAAAAUAACAACAAAAAGAAAAAACAUUUGUCUUUAUUAAAAAAUUAUAACUACGUUUUAUAUUUUUCUACUUUUUUUGAAAUUUAUUUAAUAUUGUGAGCUUUUUUUAAUGACUCUUGUUUUUAUCUCUUUCAUAACUACCAAUAACAAAGCAAAUUUACUUCAACUUAAAAUCGAUUUGUCAAAUAAAUUAACGCUUCAAUUAACAAUUUGAAAUGAAUAAAAAUUAUCAUUUUUUCUCUCUCAAUGUCUGAUCAAUGAUAGAAUUUUUUUUAUUUUAAAAUAAAAGCUCAAAAAUAAAAAUAUAAAAUCCAAUUAAAAAAAUUAUUUUAAUCAUCAGCAAUAUAGAAAAAAAAAAACUAAAUAAUUCAUUUAAAUUAUAAAGAAUAAAUUUUAUGAAUACAUUUAUUUAACAUAAUUUAAUUAAUAAUUAAAUAUUCAUAAAAUUGAUUUUUUGUUUCUUUAAUUUUCAUUUAAAUUAUACACAAUAGUAAUCGAAAUAAUUGGGUGGAAUUAUUUGUGUAUUUGAGGCUGAGAUUAAAAUAAAUAUAACAAUAAAAUUGAGUUAAAUUAAUUAAAAAUUAUGAUCGUUGCACCGUUGAUUAAAUACAUUUUAUAUAUUAUAUAUUUAUAUAUAGUUUAUAACUUGUGAAAAAGCAAAAAAAAAAAAAUUCUAUAUAAUAAAAAACACCGAAACUUUGAUCAUCGUCUAUUGAGCGAUAUAAAAAAAAUAUAAUAACAAUAUAAAAUAUAUUCGUCGUCACAAUUUUCUUAUUCAAAAAGUUUUUUCCUCAUUUUAAAACUAUUUUUUUUCACUUUUUUUUUAUUUUAAAACUUUGCUCUAUCAAGCAGAAUUAUUUCCUCUAAUGCAUAAACCAAAAAUAAUAAUGAAAACAAUGAAAACUGAUAUAUAAAAAUGAAAAAAAAAUAUCUGAUAUUUUAUUCAGUGUCUUUCAGUGAAUAAGCGAGACCCCGAAAAAAUAAAGCGCAGAAAAAAAUAAUCACUAAAUUAAAAGUUUAAAAUAAAAAAAUAAAAAAACUGGUGGAAUAUUAAUGCAGUGGAGGGUUGUAGAAUUAAAGCCAGAAAUAUAACCGUAUUAAAUGCAUUUAUGUUGUUGAAAAAAAAUAAAAAUAUUAACAAAAAAAAAAACCUUAUAAAAUUAUAUAUAAAAAAAAAUUAACGAAAGCAAUAAAUCUUCUCUUAUCGCACCUGCUUAAAAUCAUUAAUCAACUAUGAAUAGAUGAAUAUAAAAGAAAAAAAAAAUUAAUAAUAAAGAUAAUAAUAAUGGGAACAUGAUUGUCAUCAAAAAAAAUAAAAUUGUUUAAUUAAAGGUAUCAUAUUAAUCAUGAUUAACCAAUGAUAAAAACAAUUUAAAAAAAUAUAUAUAAAAAAAUUUACAGAUCUAUAUUAAAUAAAUUAUUGAAAAAUAAUAUGUAUAAAAAAUUGGCAGUUGAAUUAUUGUUGUAUAUUAUUGUUUGUUUGUUAUUUUCGAUUUUUUUUUUUAGUAAAUUAACAAUCGAAUAAAGCACACACCCGCAACGACCUUAAUGAAUGUUAUCAGUCGGAUCAUUGAGAUCAAUUUAAAUUGGUAUGAUAUAUCUAAAUAUAUAUAAAUCUAGUACGUGUCGUAAAGUCAGCGUCAGCCAUUCGUGACACAAGUAAUCAAUACCCGGCUCAUAUUGUAUGCUCGUUAUUUUACCUGACAUUAUGUUUAAAUUUUAAAAUAAAUAAAACAAUUUAAAAAAAAAAAAA